AUGCGAUGCGCGAGCAAGGCCGCCGAGAGCGCGUCUGCACGUCUCUGUGCGGACGCCGAAGCAGAAACUACAGCAACUGAUGUCCCAUCGGUUGCUGAAUCGACUCAGCCUGUAUCACCUGGUGAUGCAGGCGCUGGUCAUGAAGACACUCGUGUCUUCACAGAGUACGAGCUCGGUGUCUCGUACUCUCCUGAUACGGAUGACGGAUCCGUAUCGACGGCAAUUGAAUCCAAGCCGCCUGCCAAGCGUGGCAUGGACGAUGCUUUGCGUCGCAGCAUCUUUGGUUCAUCUGAUGAGUCAGAUGAACCAUCGCCAAGCGAAGGCGCUCGAGGUCGCGAGACUCGGGCGCUAAUAGUGGUGUCGUUUCUCCAAUGGACACCACUUCACAGCAGUGCCAGUACUUCUGUCGGCACGUCGCAGGAAGAGCGGGACCGCAAUGUGUUGCGUCUCGCUCCAGAAAAGAAGGCAUGGAUGCCUCCUAAAUCUGUCAUGGAUCACUUGUCGGCGACGACGAGUGAUCGUUAUCGAACACGAUUGUUCGAUUCGUCAGAGAUCCAUCACCUUGACCCCAGCGCGAAAAGACUAUCGCGCUGA